AUGCCAGCCGGACAGCACCAAGCGUUCACGUUUGCCACGGUCGUGAGUCUCGCCGGCGGCGCGGGGUACGUGCUCAAGCGCCACACGCCGUCUCUCGUGGCCGGUGUGCUGCUGGGCGUCGGGUUCUUGGGCGCCGGUAUGCUCGUACUCACGGACACGAUCUCGGACCACCACUUUGACCACAGCACGUCGCUGGCCAUGUCGGGCAUUAUCACCAGUGUCAUGGGCAGGCGCGCCGCGCUCACGGGCAGACGCGCUCCAGCUUUGAUGGCUACAGCAGGCGCUAUGGCGGCAGGAUACCACGCGCACCAGCUGUGCCACCCGCCCCGCAAGAUGCGCUACGUCCCAGGCGCGCCACCGGUUCCGAGCCGCUACAGUUGA